AUGCCCGUUCUCAAGCCCCUCUCGGGGUCGACCGAGGCGCCCCAACAGCACAAGCAACCGUCAAGGAAAGGCAAGAAGGCAUGGAGGAAAAACGUCGACCUCACCGAAGUUGAGCAGGGCCUCGACGCCCUCAACGACGAAAUCAUCCGAGGUGGUGUCGCCGCCGAGAAGGACUCAGCCGACCUCUUCGCCAUCGACACCGUCGGCGAGACGGACCCCAAGAAGAAGCAGCGCGUGACCAAGACGCUGCGCGCUGACGAGAUCAUCGCCCAACGCUCCGCCGUCCCCGCCGUGUCCCUGCGCAAGCGGCCCGCCCCCAAGACCUCGGACGGCCUGCUCCCGACGAAGCGCGCCCGCAAGGACUGGGUGUCGGCCGCCGAGCUCGCGCGCCUGCGCCGCGUCGCCGACGGCCAGGCGCCCUCGACCAUUGACGUCCAGCCCGCGACCUACGACGUCUGGGCGGCGCCGCCGCCCGUCGAGAAGCCCGUCGUCGAGCGCGCCGAGGACAACUUCAUCCCCGCCAAGGAAAUGCCCAAGCCCCCGCGCACGCUGCGCCACAAGCCCGUCUCCCUCGCGGGCGACUACGCCGCCCGCCUCGAGGUCGAGUCGGCCAAGGCCGUCGAGGCCGAGAAGAAGCGUCUCGCCAAGGAGGAGGAGACGCGCCUGCGCGAGGAGGCCAUUGCCCGGUCCGCUGCCGAGGCCGACGCCGCCGAGGCGCGCGCCAACCUCUCCGAGUGGGACGAGGACUCGGCCUGGGAGGGCUUCGAGACGGAUGCCGAGGGGUCGGAUGCCGAGGGUGUGUCGGCGCCGAGCAAGCCGCGCAAGCGCAAGACAACGGUCCAGCGCAACAGGAUCAAGCGCCGCAGGGCCGAGGAGGGUCUGAAGAAGCACGAGUCCAAGAUCAAAGCCCGCGACGAGCAGACGAAACGCAUCAGGGAGAUUGCGUCCGAGAUUGCCGAGCGCGACGCCUUUGUGCAGGCCCUCGUCGCGCAGCAGGCCGAAGUCGACUCUUCGGACGAGGAGGACGACGGUGCCGGCGAGGUCGUGCUGCGGAGGAAGAAGCUCGGCAAGAGCAAGCUGCCCGAGGGUGACCUCGAGCUCGUUCUGCCGGAUGAGCUGCAGGACUCGCUCCGCAGGCUGCGGCCCGAGGGCAACCUGCUCAAGGACAGAUACAGGAGCUUGCUGGUGCGUGGCAAGGUCGAGAGCCGCAGGAGGAUCGCCUUCCACAAGGCGCCAAAGGUCAAGUACUCGGAGAAGUGGUCGUACAAGGAUUUCAGGUUAUAG